AGUCCCGCCACCGCCGCGCCGGUGUCGCUGAACCUGUCUUCAGGCUGUCCCGGGGCGGCCGGCCGACGCGGUUAGGGCCGAACCCUGGGAUCGGUCCGGGUCACCGCCCUCCCGGUCUGUCCUCCCGGCCAGUCUAGCCUAGGGGAGCCUGGCGGCGUGGGGCCCCUGAGCCGGGCCGGGGAGCUCGGGGCCCUUCCCCGCCCGUGGCUCGGAUGGGAGGUGGCGGGAGGAGAGACCUGGGAUGUUCAGUCUGAUGGCCAACUGCUGCGACUUGUUCAAGCGGUGGCGAGAGCCCGUCAGAAAGGUGACCCUUGUGAUGGUGGGCCUUGAUAACGCUGGUAAAACGGCCACAGCAAAGGGAAUCCAGGGAGAGCAUCCUGAAGACGUAGCUCCCACUGUUGGAUUUUCUAAAAUUGACCUUAGACAAGGAAAGUUUGAAGUUACCAUCUUUGACUUGGGAGGUGGAAAAAGAAUUCGGGGAAUUUGGAAGAAUUAUUACGCUGAGUCCUAUGGGGUAAUAUUUGUUGUGGAUUCCAGUGAUGAAGAGAGAAUGGAAGAGACAAAAGAGACAAUGUCAGAAGUGCUAAGACAUCCUAGGAUAUCAGGAAAGCCUAUACUGGUGCUGGCAAAUAAACAAGACAAGGAGGGGGCUUUAGGAGAAGCCGAUGUGAUUGAAUGUCUCUCUCUGGAAAAGCUGGUCAAUGAGCACAAGUGCCUGUGCCAGAUAGAACCUUGUUCAGCAGUCUUGGGCUAUGGAAAGAAAAUUGACAAGUCCAUUAAAAAGGGGCUUUAUUGGCUACUGCACAUCAUUGCAAAAGACUUUGACGCCUUAAGUGAGCGCAUCCAAAAAGACACAACUGAACAGAGAGCUCUUGAGGAGCAAGAGAAGCGAGAGCGGGCUGAGCGAGUGCGAAAAUUACGUGAAGAAAGAGAUCGAGAGCAAACUGAACUUGAUGGGACCAGUAGUCUGGCUGAGAUGGACUCAGGACCAGUUCUUGCUAAUCCUUUCCAGCCCAUAGCAGCUGUUAUCAUUGAGAAUGAAAAAAAGCAAGAAAAAGAGAAAAAGAAGCAGACUACAGAGAAAGAGAGCGAGGUUUGCCUCCCAGAACAUAAAGUAGAGCAGGAACAAGUAGAGUCGCAGAGCCAACCUAGUGGCUGCCACAAAAACAAUGACAGUAGGUUGGUGGAGAGUUACAAGGAGGCCCUGUCACAGCAACUGGACAAUGAAGAGGAGCUAGACCAGCGAUCAUCAGAAUCAGAGAACAGUAAAAAGAGAACUAAGAAACUAAGAAUGAAAAGGAGUCAUCGUGUGGAGCCAGUCAAUACAGAUGAGUCUGUGCCUAAAAGUCCCACGCCACCCCCACCGCCCCCUCCUGUUGGCUGGGGAACCCCCAAAGUCACUAGACUUCCAAAACUUGAGCCUCUUGGUGAAACACGUCAUAAUGAUUUCUAUGGGAAGCCACUGCCUCCCCUGGCUGUGCGACAGAGACCUAAUGGUGAUGCUCAGGACAUGAUCUCAUAACCAAGUCAGUUGGGUUGGUCUUUUUAAUACCAACAAAGUGAACUGAGACCUUUCCCCAAACAGAAAAGCCCUGAACACUGACAACUGGGGCAAGAGAUCCAUGAGGCCAUGGAGGAAAGAAUACCCAAGAACUUCUGACCUGAUCCUUUAUGUCUCCAUGUGCUGUGGUUAAAGCAGAAAGGAAACAAAAUGACCAGAGCAUUUGGCCAAGUUAGCAAGAUGUUGAGUUUUUGGUUUACACGUGCCUACUCUUGGACAUUCUCCUAAAGGAAAACCUCCUCAGAAAUGGAGCCAAUGGACUCUACAUACCUGAUUAUUUAAUAAUCUGUAUUUCUAUGCAUUAAACAUGUUUUAUAAGGUACAUGUACAUUAAAAGGGAAUUCCUGGGAAUUUAUAAUCUAAAUUUUAACUAUUUUUAUAUUUUUUUCUAAAGCUUUUGUUUGAAUUUGCUAUUGUAUUGACUGUGCACUUUUCUACAGAUGUGUUCAUUAAACUGUCUGGGUAGAAAGUUGAUUUACUUGACAGUCAUGAAGUGUACAAGCAGGAUAUGUUUAACUGGCUUGAGGUAUGUUUUGUGAUAACAUUAUUUUUAAAAUGUACACCCUAUUUUGACAUAAUUUUCAAAUAGUUUUUUUAAAUAGUUGCUAUUUUAAAAAGCAAGUUCUCAGACCUUGCUUGAUUCUACCCGAUUACGUGAUUUAAAAAUAGUACCUGAGGAGAGAAUUCUAUUCUGUUGUCAUUGUUUUCUUUGGUGAUGAUCUCAAUAAAUGUUAAGACAUGUGAAAUAUCUUUUCAGAAACAUCCUAAAUCUGUUUAAAUUAGUAAAAAUGUGAGGCAUUAUUCAAACCCCUAAAGGACCGGACACUUUCCGAACUCAGGUACCCUCUGCCAUCACUUCGAUCCAUUAGGAGCUCACUGACUCCUUGGGUUGCUUUCAUUUUUCCAUGCCUUGAACUUAAAGGUAAGAAGACUGCAAAGGCUGCUGUGGGUCUCGAGAGUCCAGCUUUACAGCAAACACAGUCAUUUGAGUGAAAAUGUUUGCUCAAAUCCUUUUAUAAAGAGCAAAUUCCAACAUGACUUCUUUAUUUCAAAUGAUAGCACUUGUUUUACUCUUGAGUGCCAUUCAUAAGGCUCCCUGUUCAUCAGUUAGUAAUAGAUUUAUAAUGUAAUAAUCAAUUGAAAGUAUGCCUUUAAGUCAAGGUGAAUAUAAAGAACAAUUCCCCUAUCACAUUGCUAAGACUGGUACCUUAUACUGGCAAUUGACAUAUACUGGUUUCUGAAUGUAAGUCCAUCUAAGGUAGAUAGUCAUGAUUAUUUGUCUUUUAAAUGUUUAUAGGGUAUUGUGUUCACAUUUUAGCUCACUGGACCUGGAUCAAUUAGGUCACGUUAUUCUAGUUAGCAUUGUUGGAGUUUCUGUGAGUUUUUACAUGGUACCUACCUUGCAUACUGACAAAAAAGCAUUUUCAUUUCUAUGCAAAACCUAUAUGCAGAAUUAGGUUUUUUAGGAGAAUCACAUGAACACAGGAUGCUAAAUCGGAACUGGAUUUUAGAGGAACAAGUGCUCAUCUUUUUAGUUCAUUUUGUAAUAUUUAAAUUCCCUUUUAAAACUAAACUCGCACUUUUGCUAUCUUUUAACAUUCAUCUGCUUUGAGAAUAAAGAUUUUUUUUAAAAAAAAUUCUUGCUUCCUACCAAUGUUUACUGUAGAAUUCAGUAAUUGCUGACUCUAUUUCAUAAAAAUGAUUUUGAAAUUGAAUGUAACAUAAACUAGAAUUGAUGUUUUCAAUAAUAAUAUGUUUUCUUAAAGCAGUGUAAAAAUCCUCUAAAAGAUGUUUUGUAAAUCCCUUCAGAUU